CAAGUUUAACCUAACCUAAUUAAUAAUUUGAUUGGCUGUGUCUAAUUGUAUUAUGUCGAAUUGGGAUGCCUCCGAUAUAUAAGUAUCUUAUCAUAAAAAUAUCGAUAAGAAUUAUUGUUUGGGCAACUUUUAAUUUGGAGUUUCAAUGUAUAUGAAAAUAUUCAGAGAAUCUUGAAAAUGGAUUUACACACUGAUGUUAAAAAGGCGACAUCGCUUCCUUCCGCAAAUAAUGCAAAGUUCUUUCGGCUGACAAGUUCGAGUCAAGCCGAGAAAGAUCGAAAAAUGAAUGAAAAAAAAGUGAAAACACCACAGAAUUUAAUAUUACUUGAAGAUAAUACAGAUAACAGUACUAGGGAAAAUGACAUAAAUAAUGAAAUAAAACCUGCUUUUGACAAACAUGGAAUUUCAGCUGCUAUUAAAGAAAUAAAUGGCGGCUUAGAUUUAUCUAAUAAACAUUGGGAAAGUUUUUGGGCGAAGCAUCUCCAAGAUAUGAAUAAUGUUGAGAUAAAGGAAUCGCAUAAAUCAUGCUCACAUAAAGACACAGAAGCAAAAUCUGAAGAUCAAUAUGAAAUCAAAAACUCAGAGCAUCAUCAAUUAAUAAAGCGAGAAGAUAAAAUAUUUAGAAAUGCUGCAUUUAUGGGUCUUGUGAAUACAAAGCAGAUAUCAUUGGAAGAUCUUGUUAGCUCAAGUAACAAAAAUUGCACCAAAAACGAAAAUAGACUGAAGACUUUGGACACACAGAUUGAUGACAAUUAUCAAGUAAUGUCUAUUCCUCUUUGUGAAGAUCCUGAGAUUUACAUUCAUCCCUUACGAAUGGGAAUAGAUAUAAAAAUGUUCAAAGACAUAGAUUUUACCGUCCCACGUGUUGGCAAGAAGAUAAAAGAGACACCACAACAAUAUUUUCUCAGAACAACUAAUGAUGAUUCAUUUAAGUUUGUAAAAAAAACAAGAACACAGUCUAAAUAAUGAAGGAAUAUCACAAACAUGCUUUAUCAAGAUAAUCAUGAUAACUUUGUUUUUAGAUUCAUAGAGCAUAUUUGUUAAGAUCUUUGUUAUAAUCUUAAAUAUAAGAUCCUAGGUAUAAAUAUAAUUUGUUUAACUUUUGUUUAACAGAAUAUCUUUAAAUUAAAGUAGCAAAUAAUCAAUUACGAUUAUAUAUAAAAAUUUAAUUUUGUUCGAAUCAAUUUUGUGUUAUAAAACGAUUUAUUAUUAUACAUUUUUUUCUUAAGUUUAUAUUCUCAUAUUGUCAUGAAUGUAUUUUAUAUAUACACACCCACAUAGACACACACACACACAUACACACACACACAUGUAUACAUGUAUAUAUAUGUACAGGACAAUCACGGCUAAUAGACCUUGAAAUAAAGAUCAAAAAUUUUUCAAUAUUAAA